GGCGCCCGGCAUCUGUCGAUGCCCUCCCGCAAGGAGACGCAGCCUAUGGUCCUCAAAACCGAGCGGAAGGAGCUCGCGGCCAGCGCGAUGUUCAGCACGGACACGGCGGCUGGGUCCGGCUCUCGGCUGAAAAUGCGAGGCGCCGCGCCGUCGAAGCCGGCGGAUGGCGCGACGCCGCUGGCGCCGCUGGCGUCGGCGGCGGUGCUGGGGCUGGCGGCAGCGGCGGCCAACGUGCGGCGCUCCAAGCGCGGCGCGCAGAAGGUGGUUGCGCUGCGGGCCGAGAACCCCCGGGUGGAAGCUCUCAGGACCUGCGAGAAGUCCGUGAAGGUGUCGCCCUCUAUCCUCUCCGCGGACUUCGCAAAGCUCGGCCAGGAGGUGGGCGAUGUGCUUAAGGCGGGCGCGGACUGGGUCCACGUGGAUGUCAUGGAUGGCCGCUUCGUGCCGAACAUCACCAUCGGCCCCGGGGUCGUGUCCGCUCUCAGGAAGGCGCAUCCUGAGGCGGUGCUGGACUGCCACCUGAUGAUCGUGGAGCCGGAGCAGCGGGUGGAGGACUUUGCGAACGCGGGCGCGGACAUCAUCUCGGUGCACUGCGAGGCAGCCUCCACCAUCCACCUGCACCGCACCGUGAACCAGAUCAAGCAGCUGGGCUGCAUGGCCGGGGUGGUGCUGAACCCGGGCACCCCGCUGUCGGCCAUCGAGUACGUGCUCAGCGAGGUGGACCUUGUGCUGAUCAUGUCGGUGAACCCGGGCUUCGGGGGGCAAGGCUUCAUCGAGUCCCAGUUGCAGAAGAUCAAGGAUCUCAAGAAGAUGUGCAAGGCUCCCGGGGUCUCCUUGGGUUUCACAACUAAAGUAGCCUUGGCCACGGCGAUGGCGGAAAGCUUCGGCAUUCCGAAUGUGCACUCGCAGCCGGAAGCGGCGAUAGUGAACUUCCUGGCGAGCUUCGAUUUGAUGCCCAGGUCCACCCGCACCUGCUGCGGGCGGUUCCGGCUCACAGAGCUCUGGUGGGAGGCUCUUCAGGAUGCGCCCAUUGGAGCCGGUGAGAUACCGCAGUAUCAGUUCGCUACACGUGUUCACAGGCUUUUGGAGGUGUGCAGCGGGCGGUUCUUUCCUUCUUUUUUCCUCAGGGUGCUUGCUGUGGCGCCCUACAAGGAUGUCUUCUGGUCUCACAGCUGGCACGGGCCUCGGGUGCAGAAAUUUGUCCUUCUUCUGGUGCUGUAUAAUGGCCUGGCGGCAGCCCUCAUCGGGACGCUUGUUGUGGCCGGUGUCCGCCUGCUCUUCGAAUUCGGCCCGAAGAAGACGUACCUCGUGAACAGCGACGCCUUCGCAGUUCGGGUGGACGUCGUGCUUGCCACCAUGGGCGGCUUUGGGGCCGCUGCCGUGUCGCUUUUUCUCUGGCGCAGCCGCCAGAUGAUCUUUUUCGAUCGGAUGUGCAUCGAUACCCAGCCGAAGCAAUGGCGCGUAGCGCAGAUCCUGCAGAUCGGAGCGAUGCUGAAGCGUUCCAAGUCCUUGCUGGUAUGUUGGGAUGAAAGCUUUGCGCAGAGGUUGUGGUGCAUGUUCGAGCUGGCCGCCUUCAUGAAGGCCCAUCCGCAGCCGCGCCUGAUCAUCCGACCGACCAAUGUGGGGCUCCGCGCCUUGCAGCUGGUACAACGUCUUUGA